AUAACAGACCCGCUGUCCUUCUCUGUUCUCUCAAUUCAAAACGUUCCGUUUUGAUUUCCGGCGAGAUGACGGAAGCCAUGGUCCGGCAACUCUCCGACGAUCCCCUGCAAACAAUGCUUCCGGACUCAAUGCCGUACUCCGAACCCGAACCCGACUUCAUCUUCGCCUACAACGACCCCAAUUUCUCCGACCGGGUUCUCAGGAUCGAAAUCAUUCCGGACGCUUCGGACUCCCAAUCGGACGGCGACGCUUGCGUCAGCAUUUCUGAUUGCGCGCGUAAUAGGAAGAGGCGCAGGGCCGAGAGUACGACACAGAGUGCUGAGGACAUAUGUGUGGAAUUUGAGGAGCAGGUCUUAGACUGUAACAUGCUUGAUACUGAGGAUCUUGUGGUGUGUGAUAAUCAGGAUGAGGAUUCUGUGGCAAUUAUAGAGCCGCCUUCAGAUUCGCUAUGCACUUCUGUCAAUGAUGAAGCUGGGGAAAGCAAUGACUUGUUCUGGAUCAGCGAUUGCUCCACAGCUCUGAGGGUUGAAACCAUACAUAUUAGUUCUGCGAUAUUGGCUGCCAAGAGUCCCUUUUUUUAUAAGUUGUUUACGACUGGGAUGAAAAAAUCAGAGUCAGAUGAACGACAAGAAACUCUAAGAAUUCAUGAAUCUGAAGAAGCUGCCUUCAUGGACCUUCUUAAUUUCAUGUAUAGUAAUACUUUGUCCACAACAACAGCAUCUUCAUUGUUGGACGUGCUAAAGGCUGCUGACAAAUUUGCGGUUGCAUCUUGCAUGAGAUAUUGCAGUUGGUUAUUGGGACAAUUGCCUAUGACUUGUGAUUCAGCCUUGCUUUAUUUGGAACUUCCAUUGAGCGUUCUGAUGGUUGAUGCAGUUCAACCACUUACAAAUGCAGCAAGAAAGUUCCUUGCUAUCCGCUACAGAGAACUAAGCAAGUUUGUGGAUGAGGUAUUAAACUUGCCCCUUGCUGGUAUCGAGGCUGUACUGUCUAGUGAUGAUCUCCAUGUUGCAUCAGAGGAUGCUAUUUUUGAUCUGGUUCUGAAGUGGGCGCGGUUGCAUUAUCGAAAUGUUGAAGAUCGACGAGCAGUCAUUGCUUCACGUCUUUCUCGCCUUAUUCGUUUUCCUUUCAUGUCCUGUCGUAAGCUUAGGAAGAUUUUAAGCUGCAAUGAUUUUGAUCCACAACUGGCAUCAAAGAUAGUGAUUGAGGCUUUGUUUUAUAAGUCUGAUGCACCAUACAGGCAGCGCUCCCUUGCUGUAGAGAAUGCCAUUGUGGAACGUUCCUACAAGUACAGGCCAGUGAAAUUAGUAGAUUUUGAAUUACCUCGUCCACAUUGUCUUGUUUACCUUGAUCUGAAGCGCGAAGAGUGUGCACGCUUGUUUCCAGCUGGUCGGGUGUACUCACAGGCUUUUCACUUGGGUGGGCAGGGCUUUUUCUUGUCUGCCCAUUGCAACAUGGAUCAGCAGAACUCCUUUCAGUGCUUGGGGCUGUUUUUAGGGAUGCAAGAGAAGGGAUCAGUUAGUUUUGCUGUUGACUAUGAAUUCCAAGUAAGGCAAAAGCCCGAGGAGGAUUUUAAGAUGAAAUACAAAGGAACUUACACUUUCACUGGAGGGAAGGCUGUUGGGUAUAGGAAUCUUCUAAGUGUGCCCUGGACAACAUUCAUGGCCGAUGACAGCGUUUACUUCAUCAAUUCUGUUCUCCAUAUCCGGGCUGAGCUCCACAUCAGGCAAUGACUCCUUCCUGGGACUGGUUAGGAAGAGUGAAAAAUGCCUUACGUAAUAACUUGUAGUUUAGAUUACUAGCAGCCUUAGGUAACUUGUCGGAAUCACAGACCGGGCAACUGUACUUGUUUCAAGUGAUCCCUGUCAAGUUCUUGAUACAUAGAUCCUGGUCGGUCUGUACUCGCACUUAUAACUAUUCAGGCCAAAAGAAAUGAAAACGUAGGGUUAGUAAAAAUCACAUU